UGUUCUGCAAUAAAUGAGCUCUCCUUGAGCCAAGACUCUUAUUCCCACAGUGCCUCGCAGGUUUCCGCAAUUUUUUUUCAAGACAGAAAAUGUAAUUCUGUCCAAUAUACAUUAUAAAAAAAUUAGUUAUUUGUAACUGUAAUUGCUAUUGGUCUGUGACUUUGAGACUCUGCGUUGAUUGUUCUGACUUCUGAUAUAAUAUAUUAGAAGUCAAUUGAUUUAACAAACCUACUGUAUGCUCUCCUAUACCUGAAGAAAGCAAGUCUUGGCUGGAGGAGAACUGGCUUCUGCUAAAUUGCAUUCACAAAUAAAAAAAAAAAUCACUUUCUAAUGAAUAAUGGAAACAUAUAUUUAUAUUAAUAUACCUUGAAUAAUUACAAAGCAUUGUGGAAAUUGGACUGUAAGUUAAAGGGAAAUCCGAUUUCUUCUACACACAGAUGUUUCUGUAGUCGGACAGCAGCGCAGCGAAUAGAAAGUGGCUUACAAUUCUAUUAUCUUCUAUUACAAACAUUUUUGUUUUUUUCAUUAACUGGGUGGAAGUCCCCAUAAAUGCAAAUCCUGCUGGUUGUUAGGCAGUUGACUCCAAUAUCUCUUUAGCAGGGUCCAUAACUUAGGAUGAAAAUUUUGUUUUAUGUAAAUAUAGUGAAUAUAGAUUCAUAUCUCAUUUGUCCCUUUAUACAUUCCUGUAGUUACACACAGACAUCUAAAUUACAAACAGGUUUAUUGUACUUGUAAAUUGGAGUAUUAAUCUAAAAAGACACUCUCCUAUAGAUAUUUGCUUUUCUACUGAGUGGUUGCUUCCCUGUAAAUCCUUCUGGCCAUGCAGGAGUUAAUGGAGUCCCGAGCUCUGCUGCAUCGCAGCAUUUGAGGGUUUGAUUUUCGAGGAUGGAAAGCAUUAGAGCAGCCAAUCGUAAGCCAGAUGGACUAGCAAAUCAGGAGCUGUCUUGCAUCUUGCAAGUGUGGGUACCAGACAUCACCAUCUGCCCUAGAAAAAUCUCGGCACAUGUGUGCAAUGGAUUCUUUUCACAGCUCUGGUGACCCCUAUCAAUGACACAGUCAGAAAGAGGGAGAUUAAUGUCUCCCCCUUCUGGGGGGAAGGAAAAUCUAAGGCAGCUCUAGUUUGUAUCCAAAACCACACUGACCACCUGUAUGUGGCUGCAGUGUGGUAGAAGUAUUCAGCACUGAGGAUCCGUUUGAUGAGCAGCUGAUAUUAUCUUGUGUCAUAUGGAUUCCACUCCGCAGAAGGAAGACCCACCUUGCAACAGAUUCUCUGAGUUCAUGCAGGUGCUCGCUGUACUGAAGUGGAUUCUGACAUUCCUAUUUCUUGGCCCAAUUUGCGUUCUUAUAAUCAUUUGGAUUUCCUGCAGCCCAUUAUGGCCUUUACUCGCAUUGUACAUGGUAUGGCUAGUAUCUGAUCGGAAAACACCAGAGAGAGGUGGAAGAAAAUCUGUGUGGAUGAGCAAAUGGACCAUAUGGAAACAUUUUAGAGACUAUUUUCCUGUAAGGCUUCACAAAACAGCAGAACUGGAUCCACAGCAAAAUUACAUCUUAGGGUACCACCCUCAUGGAAUUAUGAGCAUUGGUGCCUUCUGUAAUUUUGGCACAGACAGUACAGAAUUUUCUCAAUUGUUUCCUGGACUGAAAACAUAUCUUACCACUCUAGCUGGGAAUUUUAAGGUGCCUUUUUACCGAGAUUACCUACUGGCUGCAGGAAUGUGUUCAGUGACCCAUUCAUCCAUAGACUACCUCCUGUCCCACCAUGGUACUGGAAAUGCAGUGGUGAUUGUAGUGGGUGGUUCAGCAGAGGCAUUGCAUUGCAACAGGCAAAGCCAUAUUCUUACUCUAAAGAACAGAAAGGGCUUUGUAAAAAAGGCUCUCAUUCAUGGCUCGUCCUUGGUUCCUGUAUAUUCAUUUGGAGAGAACGAGGUUCUGCAUCAAUGCCACUUUGCAGUGGGAAGUUGGAAAAAAAGUCUUCAACAGAUGUUCCAACACUGGGUUGGAUUUGCUCCCUGUAUCUUUUAUGGGCAAGGGUUUUUCUCCAGCACUUCCAAAGGAAUAUUGCCCUUCCGGAAGCCCAUCAAUACUGUUGUUGGAAAGCCCAUCCCUUUGCCUAGAGUACAGAAACCCUCGGAGGAGCAAAUACAGAAAUACCAUGCUUUAUAUGUCGGCUCUCUACUUGAACUCUUCAAUACCCACAAGGAACGUUUUGGUCUACAGAAAAGUGACUCUCUGAUUCUACUUUAAAACGGACAGUUGGUUCCAGUUAAUAAUACAGUGAUAACACAUUGCAAUUCUUCCUUGGAUACUGAAAAUGUGAAUGUGACGUUAGAAGUAAUUAAAUUACUAAACUGGAAAGUA